AUGGAACUGUGUUGUACUUACCUUGAAUAUGUAGAUGCCCGUGGUGGUCGUGGUGGUGGUGCUCGUGGAGGCAGUCGUUCACGAGGGAGUUCCAGAUCACGGUCCAGUUCAAGUUUAAGUCGUACCAGAAGCAGCACAUGGUGGAAAACAGCAGCAGCAGUGGGCACAGUGUAUGGCCUGUCACGGUACCAAAGACGAAGAAGAUACAAGAUGGACCCAGACAGAGAGCCCACACGUUGUUAUAACAGCGCUAGGAGGUUCCAGGAAAAUGGAUCACUUUUUAACGAGUUUAUCUGCCCUGAGUGGGACCAGCCUGAUGAGCUGGAGUAUUGCUGUGGACCAGAGCUGCAGCAGUACUGUUGUGGCUUUUGGGAUGAUGGUGGUCGAGUGGCAGGUGUUGUAAUAGGAAUAUUGAUUGCUGUAACUCUCGUCAUUGGAUGCAUUGCUUGCUGUUGUUGUCAGGCAAGGAAGAGGAGAGCUUCAUGUAAAUCCACCACCACAGGAACUACAGAAAUGACAAGUUAUCCCAGUAGUGUACCAACCUAUCAACCUCAGAUGGCUCAGCCUCCCCCAGCAUAUCCUCUGAAUCCUACAGAUGAAACCAGCCAACCGCUUAUGAGCAGCUCAGGUGAAAAGGAUGCCUCUGGUCCAGGCUUCUCCCCCUAUCCACCCACUGACCAACCUGGUUACCCCCCUCAGCCAUACCCCCCACAGCCUUAUCCACCUCCUGCAGGGUUUAACACAGGAGACAAUCCUCCCUACCCAGUGGCUCCCCCACCCCCAUAUGAUAACUACAAGCAGUAGACCUGUGAUGAAUGCAGUGCAUGAAGCAGCCAGAAGAGGGCAGCACUGCACUAAGUCUACAAGACAUGCAUAGCAUACCAUGUGUGAGAUGAAGAAACAUAUGCCUUUCCGUGAUGUUUUUUUUUUUUCAAUGACAAUAAAUCAGAACUUUUAUUUGCAUAAUUUUUAACAAAUUAUUAAAGACUACCUCUUGUGGAGGUAAGGAUAAAAGGCCCGUAUUGACCCUGUAGAUAUAUCUUCAGUUCUGUUUCUGUGCUUGUAGUUUUCCACAGAUUUUUCACGGCUGUACAUUUGUACUCCCAUCAUUAAUGAUAAGACAAGAAAAUCUGUUUUAUGGUACUUAAUGUUGUUGCAAAGAAUUGAAGCUACCAAAUUUCUUCACUAUGAAGUAAAUAAGGUGGCACUAUAUAUAUAUAUAUAUAUAUAUAUAUAUAUAUAUA